GGGCCCCCUUCGGAUACGUACCCAGCAAGGCAGCAAUCGGUUCAAACUGGAGCUUCCCCAGAUAUCUCCAUAGUGCUUAAUACACGUCUAUUAUCUCGUCGGCUAAUAUCCCAAAAUAGCUGAUUCCAGCUCCAUCGCGGCUCCUCCCGCUUCGCCAUCAUGGGAUGGAAGGCGAUUGACUGGUCUCGGUGGACCACAAAUCCCUAUUAUGCCUUAGUGAUCUUUAUUAUAGCCUGUGGCAGUAUUCCUAAAGGUUACGAUGAGGGUGGCUACAGUGCCAGCGUCAAGCUCGAGUCGUUCAUGGUCGACUUUAACCUUUUGUCCUCUAACUGGACUCACGAUGCCACUGGCCUGGCCAAUCGCAAGGCGAACAUAACCUCCUUUAAUGUGUUGGGUGCCGCAUUUGGUGCGCUGUUCUCGCUGGACUUGAAUGAUCGCUUGGGUCGAGUACGGACAUGGCAACUGUCUUGUUUGGUCUGGGGAUCGGGUCUUUUCAUCCAGGUCUUCUCCUCCGGCAUCUAUGGUCUAUUAUUGUUUGCUAGAAUUUGGAGUGGUCUGGGCGCUGGUGCCUUAACAGUGACUACGCCCUUGUACCUGUCAGAGAUCGCGCCGGCGAGGACUAGAGGCUUGGUAGUGAGCGUUUACAUGGUGGUUUUGCUCACCAUCCUCACUGUGGGGUUCUUUGUCAACUAUGGGGCCGACCUGCAUAUGGCCCCUACCCGGGAACAAUAUCGCCUGGUCCAGUCGAUUCCACUAAUCCCUACGGGCUUAGCUUUCUUUGCCUCCUUCAUCGUACCUGAGACACCUCGUUAUCUGGUGUCCAAGCAGCGGCCCGAGGAGGCGCGAGCUGUGCUAGCUCGGUUCCGUGGGAAAGACAUUUCCGAUCCCGAGGUUGAUGAGGAAUUUAACACAAUUGAAGCUCAAGUGCGCGCCAAGGCAGCAGACUUGGCGUCUGUCAGUCAUUGGCAAGCUUUCAAGGAAUCCCAGUUAAACCCUAAUUAUCGGCAGCGGUUCUGGCUCCUGAUGACCAUGCAAACCAUCGCCCAAUGGACAGGAGGCAACGGUAUCACCUACUACAUUUCUAAUAUUUUCCAGUAUGCUGGCAUCACUGGAAACGCCGAAUCUCUUAUUUCCUCAGGUGCAUAUGGCAUUGUCAAGGUCGUCUUCACCAUGGCGUUUACUUGGGUUUUCAUUGAUUACCUGGGCCGACGUCGCUGCGCGUUGAUGGGGCUGAGUCUCCAGCUAGCUGCUCACAUCUACAUGGGCGCUUACAUGGGUCUGCAACCGGGCGCCGCUAAGAAUGAGAACGCCUCCAAUGCCGCCAUUGCAUCCGUCUUCAUCUACGCCGUUGGCUGGUCCGUCGGCCUCUGCACCAUCCCUUACCUGUAUGGUACAGAAAUCUUCCCCACUCGCAUUCGCAACGUGAGCUACGCUCUCAGCAUGACUUUGCAUUGGUUCUUCCAAUUUGCCGUCGUGCGCGUGACACCCAACAUGUUCGUCUCCCUUAACGUCUGGGGUGCGUAUCUAUUCUGGGCCAUCAUCUGCUUUCUGGGCAUCAUCAUCCUCGGUAUCUGGAUGCCCGAGACCAAAGGUGUCCCUAUGGAGCGCAUGGGCGAUCUCUUCGAUUGCCCAUGGUACCUGCGCUGGCGUGCAAAGCCGAAGGAUGUUGCCUCGUCCUCGGCCUCCACUGCCGGCGAGGGCAGUGUCGAUGCCAAGCAAGUGGACAGCAAAAGUGUGCCUCUGUAGAUUUUCCAGAAACAUUACAUCUCAAGGACGUUUAUUUUCGAUAUAUACCCUCCAUUUUUGAUACCUCACCUUUUACAUUACCUUAUACCUAUAUACUUACACCUGUGGAGUCCCCAUCUCUGGGUUUCUGAUGGGGACGAUGUUGCAUAAUUACUUUCGGAUGGAAAUCCGGGCUGAUGUGGAUUGGGACGGAUACAUCAAAGACAUAAAAGCAUGCAGCUUGUUAUCAUUUAAGCCACUUAGAUAGCUUAGUUUACACG